AUGGACGCGGCCCCGGCGGCGGAGCACCGGCUCCGGAGGAGCAGCCACACGGCCUUCGUGGACAACAACACGCUGUGGGUGUGGGGAGGUUACCAGGUAGUUGCUGGACAGGAUGUCGUGCUGCGCACUGAUGAGAUGUGGCUCUGUGAUUUGGACAGUGGGACGUGGGAGCGGAGGGAGAUCUCGGGCGACAUCCCUCCAGACCUGUCGGGCUUCUGCGGAUCCAAUAUUAACAGCAAGCUGUACAUAUUUGGAGGAUGUGACCCUUCUGAAUACUCAAACCAGAUGUUCAGCGUGGACGUGUCUGAGCCCCGCCCGUCCUGGAGGAGAGUGACCGACACCAAAGGAGCCACGCCCUCCCCCCGGAGCAAACACUCCUGCUGGGUGCACCGGGACAGGUUGAUCUAUUUUGGCGGCUACGGAUGCAAAACCAUCGGGGAGGUGCGGAACACGUCUUCAUCCAACUUCGUUGUGGAAGAGAUGUCUUGGACGACCAUUGGAGACACUUUGUUCAGGUGCUGGGGCUGGAACAACGAGGUCCGUGUGUUUGACACACACUCUGCUGCCUGGAGCACGCCAGCCACUCAGGGUCCCGCUCCGGCUCCCAGAGGCUGCCAUGCCAGUGCCCUGCUGGGGAACAAAGGAUACGUCACUGGCGGCGUGGAAACGGCCGAGCUGGACAUUUUCUGCCUGGACCUCCAGACCUGGACCUGGACUCAUCUUGAAACCCCCCCCCUCUGUGCCCCCCUCGGGCGCUCCAUGCACACCAUGACGGCCAUAUCGGAGCACAUGCUGUUCGUCUACGGCGGCCUGGGCACCGACGGAAACACUCUCAAUGACGCCUGGCAGUUUAACACGGCGAAAAGAGAGUGGAGCCAAGUGGCGCACCGGCACAAAGACAAGCCCAGAGUCUGUCACACGGCGUGUCUGGGAGCCGAUGGCGACGUUGUGGUGUUUGGGGGAAGCAGCAACCUCUGCAUCCUUGUGGACUCGAAAGUGGUGGCUGUUCUGAGGGCUCCAUCGCAAAACCACUGCAGCGACGUUCUCAUCUUUCAGACCCAGCCGUACUCCCUCUUCAGGCUGUGUGAGAAUUUCAUUGGAGGAAACCCCGACGUCUUCAGGCAGCAGCUGGACUGGCUUCCGUCAAAGCUGCGCAACAAAAUCAACAAGAGAGCGGCCUUCUUUUCUGCCAUGAGACGGGUCGCUACGGCAUGA